AUGCCCUUCAUGGCCCCUGCUCAGCGGAAAGGUGUCACGCAUUUAUUCACACCUAAACUGACUGCUUUCGAACACACACCCAAAGCUUCAGACUCGGACCCUCAGAACAUUGUCGUCUUCAUUGGUGGUCUAUCUGAUGGUUUACUCACUGUACCAUAUCCAUCAUCAAUCUCAGAUGCAUUACCAGCAGGUUGGAGCCUUGCUCAAGUUCUUCUAAGUUCCGCGUAUAUUGGAUGGGGUAUCUCCUGCCUCAAGAAUGAUGCCCAGGAACUAUCUCAAUGUGUUGCCUAUUUCCGAACCAUCAAAUCAGGCAAGAUUGUCUUGAUGGGACAUUCUACUGGUUGUCAAGAUGUCAUGGAAUACCUAACAGGACCCGGACACAAAACAAACACUCCAAUUGAUGGAGGUAUUAUCCAAGCUUCAGUAAGCGAUCGUGAAGCUUUGGGUCAGGAAAUGGAUGCAAAUGUUCUUAAAAAUAGCAUCGCCCUAGCACAAAAAAUGGUUGAUGCUGGUGAUGGUGAAGAAAUCUUACCAUCUAGUGCUACGGAAGGAUUCUUCCAAUCGCCUGUGUGUGCAAGGAGAUGGCUCUCGUUAACAAGUCCAAAUCAUGAUGGGGAUGAUGAUUAUUUCAGCUCUGAUCUUACGGACGAGCAACUGAAAAAGACUUUUGGAAGCUUGGCCGCUAGGAGCCCGUUGUGCAUUUUAUACUCUGGAAACGAUGAAUAUGUUCCGAAAUAUAUUGAUAAAGAGGCCCUAGUAAAACGAUGGAUUGAUAUUGUGAAGAAAGGAGGUGGAAAGGUUGAUGAGGAGAAUUCUGCCGUUCUACCGGGUGCUACACAUAACUUGUCGAAAAGUCCUGAAGUUGUGCCAGAGUUGGUAAAGAGAGUCUUGGGGUUCUUGAAGGGUUUGUCCUCACAAUCUCAUUUGUGA